AUGGGCUUUACAUUGUUCCACCAGGGCUGCCCAACUAGCCAUACCCAGAAAUUUUUACCAACAAUGGCGGUUGCAUUCCAUGGUCUCAACACACCAGCUGGUCUCAAGAAACUCGAUGAGUACCUUAUCACUCGCAGUUACAUCACCGGAUACCAAGCUUCUAAGGACGAUAUUACCGUCUACUCGGCAAUUCCCGGUGCCCCAUCAUCUGAUUUGGUCAACGUCACUAGAUGGUUCAAGCACAUCGAUGCACUUUUGAGGAUUUCUGGUGUUACUGGAGAAGGAUCUGGAGUUACUAUUGAGGGAUUUGCUCCUGUUGCUGAAGCAGUUGCAACUCCUCCUACGGGAGACACUAAGGCUGCUGCCGCUGCUGAUGACGAAGAUGACGACGACGUGGAUCUGUUUGGUGAGGAGACCGAAGAGGAAAAGAAGGCUGCAGAAGAGCGUGCAGCUUCUGUUAAGGCAUCUUCUAAAAAGAAAGAGUCUGGUAAGUCUUCUGUUCUGAUGGAUGUUAAGCCAUGGGAUGAUGAGACUGACAUGAAAAAGCUCGAGGAAGCAGUAAGAGGCGUUGAGAUGGAAGGACUAUUCUGGGGAGCAUGUAAGUAUUACAUAGCUUUUCUGUUUAGCGCUUUGUGCCUCCUGGUUGCUCUAUUGUCAUUACAAGGAAGUCUUAGCUUAGCGGAGGCGAAAGAAAGGACUAAGUUGAUGUUUCUUUCCAAGCUUGUUGCAGUUGGGUAUGGUAUUAAGAAAUUGCAGAUCAUGCUUACCAUUGUGGAUGACCUAGUGUCUGUUGAUACUCUCAUUGAAGAACGAUUGACUGUGGAGCCAAUCAAUGAAUAUGUCCAGAGUUGUGACAUCGUUGCCUUCAACAAGAUCUAAACAGAGGGGGUGAAUGACAACUGGCACUGAGCAUUUUGGAAGGUUUCCAAGUGGCGAAUGUGUUCCUCCUCCCAUAUGAUUAUUCCUUUUUCAUGUUUAUGAGAUGUGAAUUGCGGUUUAAUCGAACUUUAGUCAGUUUGCCUUGCAACAUGUACUCUUUUGUUCAAUCAUAUGGUUUGAAUUUUGGAAAGCUAGAAUAAUUAUAUGUAGUGGUUGUGGCGUGGAUUGGUUUUCUUUUAGUCGGUUUGGUGGUCUAUUACAGUAAUAAUUAAAAUUAAUUCCCAGAAUACGUCACUUUUA